CCGGCGUUUCAAGUAUCUUUUGGCAUCAUGGAGGGGACAAGUCCCAGCGUCGCCGUCUGCGGUGACCGCCGUAGCUGUAGCAAGAGCAUGAAUGGCGGCCGAUGGACAGACGAGGAGCACGAAAGGUUCCUCGCAGGACUAACCGAGCACGGCCGCGAAUGGAAGAAGGUCGCGUCCAAGAUCAAGACGCGCACGUCUGCGCAGAUCCGGUCACACGCGCAAAAGUACUUUGCCAAACUUGCCAAGGACAGUGGCGGCACCAUGGACAGCCUCUCCGACGACGGCAAUCUUAGCGACAUGGACUCGUGGUGUUCUGUGGACACGAACAACAACAAGAAACGAUCCAUGCCGUCGCCCGACGAGGUCCUGCGCGCCGUGUCGCCGUCUGCGCGGCAAUCCCUCGACGAUGCCGAAGUGUGCGCGCUCCAAGUGCUCGCGUGGUACGCCACGGCCCAGCCCAAGCGACUCUGCCUCGCAAAACCACCGCCGCCAUCGCCUUCGUUUGCAUUUGUGCACAUCCAAUCCACUUAGCGUAAAUGGGGUAGUUCAUCACUGUACCAACAUUCUUUAUAUACCGUACAGUAUAACUGUACCGUACAAUGUCUCUU